AUGUCGCAAAAGCAGACGACCCUGGCCCCGUUCGACCAGCGCCCCGUCGUCGAGCGGCAGACGCUGAGCGCCUCGGACCUCGACGCCGUCAUCGCCACCGCCGCCGCCGCACAAAAGUCGUGGGCCACCACGCCCCUCGACGCGCGCAUCGCCAUCUUCAAGAAAUGGAUGGCCGAGUUCGAGUCGCACAAGGAUGAACUCUGCGCCGAGCUCUCGCAGCACAUGGGCCGGCCCCUCGCCCAGUGUCCCGGCGAGAUCGGCGGUACCCUCCAGCGCGCGCGGCACCUGUGCAAGAUCGCCCCCGACUGCCUCAGGGAGCAGCCCCGCACCGACACCGAGACGCCCGGCCUGCGCCUCGCCAUCCGCCGCGUGCCCCUCGGCGUCGUCGCCAUCGUCUCGCCGUGGAACUACCCGUACAUGUCGACCAUCAACGCCCUCGCCACCUCGAUCCUCUCGGGCAACUCGGUCAUCCUCAAGCCCUCGCCCCAGACCCCCACCGUCGCAGAGCGCUUCCAGUCCACGUUCGAGGCCGCCGGACUGCCCAAGGGCCUCAUCCAGGCCGUCCACCUCGACGUCGCCAUGACGGCCAAGCUCGCCGCCGACCCGCGCGUCGGCUUCCUCGCCUUUACCGGCUCCGUCGCCGGCGGCAAGGCCCUCGACCAGGCCGCCGCCAGCGGCUCCGCAUUCAAGGGCGUCGGCCUCGAGCUCGGCGGCAAGGACCCCGCCUACGUCCGCCCCGACGCCGACAUCCCUUACACGGCCGACCAGCUCGUCGACGGCGCCAUGUUCAACGCCGGCCAGUCGUGCUGCGCCGUCGAGCGCAUCUACGUCCACGAGUCGGUCUACGACGCCUUUGUCGACGAGUUUGUCCGCAUCGCCAAGCAGUACAAGCUCGGAGACCCGAGCCAGCCGGGCACCACCCUCGGGCCCGUCAUCAGCCUCGCCAGCGCCGAGCGCAUCCGCAAGCAGGUCGACGCCGCGCUUCAACAGGGCGCCAGGAACCUCGUCCCCGCCGACCUCUUCCCGCAGGCCAAGCCCGGAACCACGCUCGUCGCGCCCACCGUCCUCGUCGACGUCGACCACACGAUGGACGUCAUGACCGAAGAGACCUUUGGCCCCGUGAUCGGCAUCAUGAAGGUCAAGUCCGACGAAGAGGCGCUGGCACUGAUGAACGACUCGCACUACGGCCUGACGGCCUCGAUCUGGACCAACGCGUCGGACGCCGCGUCGCUCAAGGCCUUUGACGCGCUCGCCGACGCCCUCGAGACGGGCACCGUCUACCUCAACCGCGCCGACUGCCUCGAGCCCGCCCUGCCCUGGACCGGCGUCAAGGACAGCGGACGCGGCAUCUCGCUCAGCACCCUCGGAUACGACCAGGUCACCCGCGCCAAGUCGAUCCACAUGCGCAUCUCGCGCUCCUAG